GUAUAUAUCUUCAGGAUGGGAACAAACAUUUUAUUUGUAUAUAUAAUAAGCCUUUACCUAAUUCCCCUCUUUAAUUAUUCCUUCCUUCGCAAAUCCCCACUUUUGUGUUUUUCAUCGAUGCGGUUCUUGAAGAAGUCUCCUACUGCAGGCGCCGGUGUGAACCCGCGUGGUAUUGUAAUAGCACUAUUAACAGUGGUGACUUUUUUGACGUUAUUGCUACUGAUUUCUUCUUCACCUCCGAUCCCUCAUAAUGUUAAUGCUGUGAAGUUAAAGAAAGAAGGAGGAAGAGCAACCCCAUCGUCUCAGAAACUCCACCACCGUAGGAUGAGGCGGCCAUCCUAUGUUUUACAGUCAAGUAAGAGAAAAGUUCCAAAUGCUUCAGACCCACUUCACAAUCGUUGACUGAUUAAUUACUACUCCUUUCUUCCUUUUUGUUUACAUUCACAUCAUCCCAUCUUUCCGUAUAUAAACAUAUUUUUAUAAAUAAUCACAUUCAUUUCUCACACUUCUUAUUAUUAUAUAUAUACAUAUCAUUUUUUUUCUUUUGGAUUUUGUGAUGGGUAUUAACGUGAUUGAAAAUGGUUGUGCUGUGUGUGCAAAUGAUAGAUGGAAACAUUAUCGGAAUAGUUUUCAAGAUUUUGAGACUCGUGUCACUUGGGUUUGGGUUCUACAGUGGGACAUGAGUUUCAAAACCAGCAAGUGUUUUUUGAUUCCAUUUAUAAUACAAAAGCUUAUUUUUCACUCUAACACUUCUCAAUCUAAUAUUUUUUCUUGCUGUUCUUAUGCUUCAAGAUCGCAUUUCUAUUACUUGAUUACUCAUGUUUCUGAACACUUCAACUUGCUUGAUAGUCUCUUGAAGUUGAAGAUGUUAACUAUGAAGUUAUGGUUGUGGGUAUGGAUGACAGAGUUUAGUUUCACUAGUUGAUUAAUACAAAAUUUUAAAUUGUGGAUGGAAAAGUAAUAUACAAAAAAGAAAAGAGGAAAAAAAAAAAAGAAAAAAAGUGGGUGUGGCUCAGAUGGGGAUAAGGGUAGGGUGGAUAUUUCAUUCUCUGGUGGAUGGAUGGAUAUGAGAAGGAUAAAAGGGAUAGAUUUUAAUUCUAUACUUAUGAUGUUACAUCUUUGGUCUACAUUAGUUUUUUUCCCAGGGUCAGUUUAAUCUUUGAUUUCAUUGAUUGAUUUUGUUUGUUUUGGUCUUCCAAGUUUGUAAUUUAUUGCUUAUUUACAACCAAAAUUCUGGCUAAUUAUUUUUCUUAAAAUACGUUGCUAAUUUGUAGAACAUGAAAUACUGAGCAUUUCAAGAGAAUGAAAAGAAAAGAGAGAUUAUUGCCUUGAUUAAGGUAGGCCAAGGGUCAUAUUUGGAUUUAUUGUUAGAUUAAAAGUAGAUUAUAUAUAUUAAAUUGAAUUGAGUUCCAUGUCAUCAACUAUUCAACCUCUUGGGAGGAUGAGAAGAGUGGUCAAUUGAUGUUUUUACUGAAUGAAACAUGAAUUAGCAAGGAUAGAAGUUAUCCUAAUACUAUUAUAUAAAUAAUAUAUAAUGUUAGAUGAGUGGAGAAUAGUGGGAGUAUUGAAUUUAAAUAAUGACAGUGAAUGCAAAUUUAGGUAGAUCUUAAAAUUUGGUGAAGUUGGUGAAGAAAUAGGACAUUUAUAGCUGGCUUGCUUUUGUCAACUUCAUAAUUUUGCAGUAUCUUAAGGUUGUAAGGAAUUAAAUUUCCUAAGCUUACAAUUGGAACUGUCGAUAAUGUUUCUUUGUAGCUCUCAAUUAAUUACUAUUGCUUCCUAAUCCUUUUUUCCUCUUAUUAUUUCUCCAUUUUCCUCUUAAUCAGUAAUCACCAUUGGAAAUUAAUAAUUGUUAUUUAAGCCAAUAAUUAAUUGAAAGUUGAUGUGGCGGAAUUAGUGGCAAUGGCAUCGCAUGCAAUUGUGUGCUUACUCUUUCAAGGAAAGCAAAGUCCGACACUUUUAACACCAAAAUUAUAGAAUAACCAACGCACGCUUCUUAUAAUUCUUCAUUCUCUUUUCUAUUAAUUCAUCCCAUCUUCUUAUUUACAAAGAGGAGAAAAAACUUGGUUACAAUACAUUUAAAUUUACGGCUAUUUUAAACAUAAACAAUAUAUUUUUGUGUUGCCUGAGAAGUGGAAGAAUUGAUUUUUUGAGUGCUAUUGUUUGAAUUUAUGAAAUUGGAAUUGGUUGAAUUGCCGCAAAAUAAGGUCCAAAUUGGAAAGAAAGAUUGGGUAUCGAUCAGCAUCUUCACCGCUGAUGGUGUUAUUGUUAUGUAUGAUUGGAUUCAAGAAUGGUAAUAUGUCCUUUUAACUUCACCGCCAAUCAAUCCCUCUGAUCCAAAUCCAUCCUCUUCCCCAUUCAUAUUUAUUAUAAUUCCACAUCUCAUUUUCCUUCCACCUCCAAUUCCUCCGCUGCUUCCUCUUCCUCUUCCUCCGCCAUGUCCGAUCAAGAAAACUCCCCUCAGUCCCAUCUACAAUUCCCAGACUCCGAUAUCAAACACAAAGAUCCCAUCAAACCCCCCAUGCAAUUCGCUACCAAAUUCAGCAUAUGGCCACCAACACAACGCACUCGCGACGCCGUUAUAAGUCGUCUCAUCGAAACCCUCUCCACCCCUUCCAUUCUCUCGAAACGUUUCGGCACCAUUCCGCCCGAUGAAGCAGCCACCGUCGCGCAGCUCAUCGAGGAAGAAGCGUAUGCCUACGCCAAUGGCUCUCCCCCCUCCGUGGACGACGGCAUCGAGAUUCUCCAGGUUUACUCCAAGGAGAUUAGUAAGCGGAUGCUCGAAGCUGUGAAGGGUAGACCGAGUCCCGCGGCUCCGGCAGAAAAUGGUGAGACGGAGGAAGUAAGAUCACCUGUUGUUGAAACUAAUCAUGAAACCCCAACUUUGGAAACUGGAAAUUGAAUUUUUGGGGUUUUUUUAAUCUUAAUCUUAUUACCCUGUUUGAGCUUCUUUUUUUUUUUUCUGGAGAUCUGCGUGUUCUCUGUCCAUACAUUGGUUGCAAGAUAAUUAUUUGUUCUUGUGCUUUAUGGUUUUAAAUUCAAUGAAAAAUGCAAGCAUUUUUUUUGCCUAGAGAUACUCGGCUUCGA